CCUCAUUUGUAGGCUCUUAGCUUUACUACGAAAGACCUGGCUGAUGUAUCAUAUAUGGCCUAAUUAAUCAGUUUAAUACAUGGUUAGUUGCGUUAUGUUUGGCGGUACUAUUUGGUCGAUGCAAAUAUCUAGUGUAGAUUCUUUCAUCCUUAAUAUUUUAAUGCAGGGCAGGCCGUGAAGGCUGCCGCCUGAGCCGGCCGUGAACGGGUGGCCUCGGAUGAUUUAAUUAUAUACCGUAUAUAUAUUGUGUGCGCCAUAGACAUAAAAGUUACGUCUUCCGCUCGCAGUAGAGCUGUUCGUCUCUUUUCAAACCAACUGAGGAAACGAUGUAGUCUCAGCAAAAGAUAUGUUCCAACCCUGCAACGUGGAGGAAGAAACACAUGAUGAGACAAUAAUCUCAAUCUCUAUCCCUGAAAUAGACGACGAACAUGAGGACUGGGUGGACGAAAGACGAAGGUAUAUCAAAAGAUCUGUGCCUCUAUACAAUUCGUGUCUGAAAGGUGACUGGAAAGAGGCUAAGAGAAUUAUAGGCGAAGAUCCCAAUAUUAUACGUGCCAGUAUCACACACGGGUGCCAGAAACCUCUUCAUGUUGCGGCAGGAGCAGGACAUGUUCUUUUUGUGGAGCAGUUGAUGAAAUAUAUAACCGAAGAAGAUUUACUCUCUAAAGAUGCAAAGGGCAAUACAGCCUUUUGCUUUGCUGUUGCAGUUGGGUCUGUACCCAUCGCUAAGCUUAUGAUCAGAAAGAACCCACAACUGCCUCAAAUUCGCGGUGGGGAAGGAAUGACAACGCUUUAUAUGGCCACUUUGUUUGGACACGAAGAGAUGGCGUGGUUUCUGUAUCCUAAGCUUAUAGAAGAUAUUGAUGUACGGGACCGACUCGGGAUAUUUUUCAGUUGCAUCCACAAUGAUUUAUAUGAAAUAGCCUUGAAAAUGCUUCAUGACUACCGAGAGCUUGCUGUGGCUCGUGAUAUGAAUGGUGAAACAGCGGUACAUUUGUUGGCACGCAAGCCUUCAAUAUUUUCCAACAAAAGACCUGGAAUAUGGAAAUGCUUCGUUCAGUCUCUUGUUGGAGGAACAAAUAGCAGAAAAUACUUGGGAACUCCUGGCAUUCAAUUACUUAAGUUUCUUUGGGAAAUCGUUGUCUGGCAACAUGAUUGGAUGGUUCUGGACGUUAUAAGAAGGCCAUCACAUGCUUUAUUUAUCGCAACAAAAAUGGGAAAUUUUGAGUUUGUGGCCGAGCUUCUGCGCUCAUAUCCUGACUUGAUAUGGGAAACAGAUGAAAAACACCGGAGUGUAUUUCACAUUGCAGUUAUGUUCCAUGACACAAGUUUCUUCAAUCUGCUAAAUCAGUUGGGUGUAUACAAGGAUUUUAUAGUCUCCUUCAAGGACGAUGAGAACAAUAACAUACUACAUUUAGCGGCAAAAAUGGCUCCACCAAAUCAUUUGGGUACCGUGCCAGGACCUGCCUUUCAAAUGCAACGGGAGUUACUGUGGUUCCAGGGGCUGGAAAAGAUUCUCCAACCUUCCUAUCUAGAGAUGAAAAAUGCAGAAGGUAAAACACCUAAAGAUUUAUUUACCGAAGAGCAUAAAGGUUUAAUGGUAAAGGGAGAAUCGUGGAUGAAAAGUUUGGCCAGCUCAUGCACGCUUGCUUCAACACUUAUCGCCAUUUCUGUUUUUACUUCACUCACCAGUGUCAUUGAUGACAGAAUCACUUAUAAUGGAGGAGGAACACAAACGACACCGCCAGUUUGUGUCUUAUCAAAUAUUUUUGCAUUAUUUUUCUCUUUGCUUGGAAUAAUAAUAUUCGUGUCCAUCCUGUCAUCACGCUUCGCAAAGGAUGAUUUCCUCAUAUCACUGCCCUUGAAGCUCAUAGUUGGACUCGGAUCACUCUACAUCUCUACUAUAGCCAUGAUGGUUUCUUUUGGCACCGCCUUAUACACAACAUAUCACCAUAGACUAAACUGGCUUCCUGUUCUUGUUUUCAUACUAGCAUCUCUGCUACUUAGUUGUCUUUAUCAUCUACACAGUCCUCUCGUUUCCUAUGUAUUACACACAAUGUACCAUUCUUGGGUGAGAUUACCAACUACACAUAACUUGUAACUUUUUAAAGUUAAAUUUGUUAAACCAACAUGUUACUCUCUCUUGAGAGGUGGGGGCUGUGGCGUCCAGGUGGGGGCUGUGGCGUCCAGGUGACGACCUGAUAUUGGUUCGCAAGGAUGGGGGUUUCCUUUCCUCAAAGGGCAAGGAGAUGGAGGGCGGCGGGUUUCUCUGUCGUCGAUCUCUCAAAAACUUUCAAGGUGAAGAUGAUGGCGGCGUAUGGUAUCGAUCUGACCGUAUCAGGAUCAGAACUCGGGUUCUACAUCUUGGGUGGACGUCCGGCAUCGACGUUGUUGAAUGGGUGGCUGCUGGUUUUCGGGCUGCCAGGAUAGAAGGCUGGAGGAGCGAGUUUGAUGGGCUUGGCCAUCGUCUGAUGCAGCUGAGGAUUGUAGCUGGUUGUAGGGAUGUGAUGGCUCUUAACCCGGCGGCGAUUGGGGCUGGCUCAGUUAAUGUUGGCGGUGGCGAGAUGCUUGUCAGCGGUGGUGUAGAUGGUGUGGAGAUGUUGACUACUGGCCUGUGGCCUAGGAUUUUCUCUAGGUUCAUGGGUUGGGGGGUCAAUGUAUUUGGGCUUGGACUAUUGUCUUCCUUUUUCUAGUUUAUUUUAUAGCAAUUCUUCUAGUUUUGUGGGAGGAAUCCAUAGUUUCUCUUUGAAAUUUAUCACCAAAAAUAUCUGGGAUGUGUUGGCCUCUUGAUUUUCUAGGACAUUGUAGGGUAGAUUUUGGCUGAACUUCAUGAUCUUUAAAAUUGUUGAAUUACCUAGGUAAUGACUCUUUUGACAACCCUAUAGUAGUGGGUUGUUAUGUGUAAUUUAGCUGAUCAAUUCAAUGAGUUGACAUUUCU